AUGGCUCCCUGGUAUGCAAUCAUGACUUUUUCAACUGCUCUACUUGCUCCUGCUCCGGCUCCUGCGACGGAUGCUCCUGCUCCAGCUGCGGCCAUUAAGCGCCUCCGAGACCUCCCCGCCAUGACGCGACUUCAAGCCGAACAAGUAGAGCACAUUGCCGCUGCCUACAAAGCCGGGAACAAGUCGCUCAGCGAGCUAGAUGGGAAGCCACGAUAUAUUGCAAGCGCCGGCGUGGGACUUGUAAACUCGGCGCUCUGA